CAAAUGUAACUGUCUCUGAGGCUUCGUGUUAGAGAACAAAAACAAAACCACGAUGUUCUAGAGAUGCACAUCUUCUGGAUUUUCCUCUGUUGUGCAGGUGUGCAUGGGUGAGAGGGAAAAGACAAAGGGAUAAAAACUAAUGGAAGUUGAUAUCACUGUGUGCAUUGACAAGGAAGAAUUUGUUUGUUUCUUAUGUCAGACAUCCAUUGGACUUCAAAAGCUGGCUAAGGAAGUAUACAGUGAAGAGUCCUCAUCUGGGUGGAUGUUGGAUCGUUGAGGAUGCGCCUCUCUCUGUUGUACAUUACAUCUGCCCUGGCCACCCUUUCUUUGAAAUGUAGUGAGGAUUGAUGCUUCAUACAGGAUUUUCUCCUAAACAUCUGCUGACUCUGGAUACCUGGCAUCAUGCCAGUAAUGAAGGGGCUGCUGGCACCCCAGAACACUUUCCUGGACACUAUUGCCACCCGCUUCGAUGGCACCCACAGCAAUUUCCUCCUUGGGAAUGCUCAGGGUCACCGUGGCUAUCCCAUUGUGUACUGUUCUGAUGGAUUUUGUGAGCUGACAGGAUUUGGACGAACAGAGGUGAUGCAGAAGAAUUGCAGCUGUCAUUUUCUGUAUGGCUCGGGCACUAGUGAGCAGGUUGUUCAGGGUGUGAAGAAAGCUAUGGAGGGCAAGGAAGAGUAUCAGGCCGAGGUCCAGUUCUACAAGAAGAAUGGAAGUUUGUUCUGGUGUCUGUUGGACAUUGUGCCCAUUAAGAAUGAGAAGGGGGAGAUGGUGCUUUUUCUCUUUUCAUUCAAGGACAUCACAGAAAUGCAUGAGAAGAGCCAUCACAGCAGCAAAAUCGAUGGUACUGUCAAGUCGAACAGCAGGACCACUGGAAAGUCUCAUAUCAGUAAAGCCAGAAGGAGGGGGCAUGCCAUGAUUUACCAGCUAACCAGCCAGUUUACACGUGACAGCAAAAAUGAUGUUAAAUUAAGCCGGGACAUGUUUGAAAAACCGUCUCUGCCUGAGUACAAAGUGGCAGCAGUUCAGAAGUCUCGAUUCAUCCUGCUGCAUUACAGUGUGUCCAAGGCAUUGUGGGACUGGAUGAUUCUAUUGGCCACUUUCUAUGUUGCUGUGACCGUGCCAUACAACGUGUGUUUCACAGCGUACAGCGAUCUGGAGACGGCAGGCAGGAGCACGAUAGUGAGUGACAUUGCCGUGGAAAUGCUUUUUAUUCUGGACAUCAUUCUUAACUUUCGCACCACCUAUGUGAGUCAAUCAGGACAAGUGGUGUACGAGCCUCGCUCCAUCUGUCUGCAUUAUGCUACCACAUGGUUCUUUGUGGAUCUGGUGGCCGCCCUGCCCUUUGACCUGCUCUAUGCAUUUAAUAUUACUGUUACAUCUCUAGUGCACCUGCUGAAAACUGUGCGAUUGUUGCGUCUGUUGAGACUCCUGCAGAAGUUGGACAGAUACUCACAGUACAGCGCCAUGGUGCUGACGCUGCUUAUGUCCAUGUUUGCUCUUCUGGCUCACUGGAUGGCCUGCAUCUGGUACAUCAUUGGGCGAAAAGAGAUGGAGACCAAUGCAAGUGGAGCCUGGGACAUCGGCUGGCUGCAUGAGUUGGGCAGGCGUUUGGACAAGCCCUAUAUGAACAGUACAUUUGGUGGUCCCUCGGUUCGCAGUGCCUACAUUGCCUCUCUGUAUUUUACCUUGAGCAGUCUGACCAGUGUGGGAUUUGGUAACGUUUGUGCUAACACUGAUGGAAAGAUCUUCUCUGUUUGUACUAUGCUCAUUGGAGCUCUCAUGCACGCCGUGGUGUUUGGAAAUGUAACAGCUAUCAUCCAGCGCAUGUACUCACGUCGCUCACUAUAUCAUACGCGCAUGAAAGAUCUAAAGGACUUCAUUCGAGUUCACCGGCUGCCACAACAGCUGAAACAACGAAUGCUGGAAUAUUUCCAGACCACCUGGUCUGUGAAUAAUGGCAUCGAUGUCAAUGAGCUCUUGCAUGAUUUUCCUGAUGAGUUGAGGGCAGAUAUAGCCACACUUAAAAAAGACAUCCUGCAACUGCCUGUGUUUGAAGCUGCCAGUCGGGGUUGCCUGCGCUCACUGUCCCACAUCAAAACUUCUUUCUGCACCCCUGGAGAAUAUCUCAUCCGACGGGAUGCAUUGCAGGCCAACUACUUUGUCUGUUCUGGGUCACUGGAGGUUCUAAAGGACAACAUGGUCUUGGCUAUUCUAGGAAGAGGAGAUCUGAUUGGCUCCGACCUGCCAGGCCAGAAUCAUGUAAUCAAGACAAAUGCAGAUGUGAAGGCACUGACAUAUUGUGACCUGCAAUACAUCAGUGUGAAAGGUUUAAGCGAUGUGCUUGAACUAUAUCCUGAGUAUGCCAACAUCUUCACUAUAGACAUCCACCGAAACCUCACAUAUAACCUGAGAGAGGGCAGUGAGACUGAGGAUCUUUCAUCUUACUUCACUAGAACUCUCAGUGUCUCAACUGAGAAUAAGCGUCCAUCCGUUGUAGAAAAGGCUGAUGAUCCAGACAAGUACUUUCAUGUUCCAUCUGCUUCCAGUACAUGUAGGAAUCUACUUCUGCCCAAUCUAGGCAGCCCUGUGCGACGAACAUCUUUAGGGAACCUUUUGGAGAGGAGUUGAAUGCAAUUCAAUGCCCUACGACAUUGUCGUUCACCUGUCAGGGGCUGGAGUCCAAAUCCCUCUCCAAAACCUCCAAGCAAAGUACAGAAACAAACCCAGCAACCUUCAUCUACACCUAAACCCAUCCAUAAAACACAAACAGAUUCUGGAAGUACGGCACGCAAACCUGCCAAACUGCUCAUCCCUACUCUCAACUGCUUUGGACCACCAGAUCUUAGUCCAAGGUAA